AAACAUAAAUUUAAUAGUGAUUUCUUUUCGUUAACUUGUAACUCUCUUUAUUUAAUAAAUAAAAUAUAGGAGAACCCUAAACCUUUAAGCCUCCUUCAACCCGAUGUAACCGAGAUUUUGCCCUAGAACUCGUCGGCAGUUUCGUUCAACAGUUCAACACUAAGUCGGCAGACUCUGACCCUAACGCCUUAACUCCAAAGCGCGAGAGACAUAGAUAUACCACUGCGUUCGGGCUUUAUCUUCGUGCGUGUGUGAGCAAUAAUGAUAAAGAGACGAUUCUACAAGCAAGAACAUGCUGAUAAAUAUGAUACUUCUGAUUCGUCUUCAUCAUCUUCAGACUCUGAGCUAGAAGCAGAGGGCACAGAAGAAGUAGUGGCAAGAGAUGAUGCAGUUGCAAAAUUUAAAGGAUACGAAGAAUCUUGCUCUUCAUCUUCUGGAUAUGAAAGCAAGGAUAGCUCAGCAAAUGAAGUUGAUGCUGAACCAUCAGGCAAUGCUGAAAUGGAGCUACAGUCUGAUACCAUUGCUGCAUGGGAUUCUUUUCUGUCAGAUGUUCCAAACUGUAUCUUGAAAUGCAAAUCUGUUUUCAAGUGCAAACUAUGCCCAAAAAUUGUUUGUUUGACUGAGGAGACUUUGAGGGCUCACCUAAAAUCCAAGAGGCAUGCUCGAUCAGAGAAAUUACUGAAGGAAGGGAGGCUGAAGCUCAUGCUCAAUAGUGAUGGGGAGCUUGAAGAGGAAGAAGAGACUCAUUCAGAGAGGCAUGCACGAAUUAUCAACCUUGCACAGGAUAAUCGAAAGAGGAAAAACAAAGGACGGCAGCGUCAGAGACUUAGGCUUAAAAGGAAGAAAGUGGGGGCGGGCUCAGAAAAGGGUAAUGUGAGCCAAUCGAUGAAGAAUCCUGUGAAGAAAAGGCCCGAAGAUUAGGAUUGAACAGCCAAGAUCCUGAGAGGUUUGGUAUUGUUGCAGGGCAAGUAUUUAGAAGUCAGCCUUGGAACACAGUCGGCUAUUUCCUUUCAUAAAGCUGAGGAAUAUUUGAUAACCGUGGCAUUUAUCUUUUCUUUUCUUUUCCUUUUUUAAUUACCUGUGUGGUUUGUGUGAAAGUGGUUAAUUUGACACCUUUUUGUUUGUCUUGACACGCAUUCCGCUCCUUGUUUAAGGUGCAUUAAAUUUUGACUAUUGAAUUUCAAGUUUUGUGCAUGCGAGAUGCCAACAGCUGUCGUAUGCUUCAGAUAUUUUAACUACAUAGUUACGGUUCUGAUUCCAAUUAA